UGCUCAGCCUCUUAGUCCUCUUUCUCCUUCGGUUGUCAUUCCAUUAAACAGUCUUCUCAUUCGAAAUAAAACCACUUCCUCAUCUUCAUUUGUUCUCUCUCUCUCUCUCUCUCUCUCUCUCUCUCUUAAACAGUUCCAAAUCUUGUUCUAUCUUUCUCUUUUGAUGUUGUUCAAUCUCUCUCUCUGUCUCUCUCAGCAUCAACACUAAACUAGCCUACAAACUUUCUCUUUUAAUAUUGCCUUGAGUUACAUCUCUGUAUAUCCGAAGAGCAUAGCAGCAUCAAUGGCUGCAAACAAGUUUGCCACCAUGUUGCAUAGAAACACCAACAAAAUCAUGCUUAUGCUAAUCUAUGCCAUCCUAGAAUGGAUUCUGAUCAUUCUCCUCCUCCUAAAUUCUCUGUUUUCUUAUCUGAUCAUUAAAUUUGCAGAUUACUUUGGUCUUAAAAGGCCCUGCUUAUGGUGUUCUAGGAUUGAUCAUAUCCUAGAGCCUGGAAAGAACAAGAAUUCCUAUAGAGAUCUUGUUUGUGAAGCUCAUGCGUCUGAGAUUUCCAAACUGGGAUACUGCUUGAAUCACCAGAAACUAGCUGAAUUGCAAGAUAUGUGCGAGGAUUGCUCGUCCUCAUUGCAACCAGCUGAUAGUCCCGAAUUCUCAAAGAGGUAUGCUUUCUUUCCAUGGAUGAACAAGAUUGGUGUGAUUCAGAGUGGUGAUGAAAAUUUCAGUGAAAAUGGGGAAGGGAAUUUGAAGUGUUCUUGCUGCAGUGUGAGUGUGAACUUGAGCAACAAGUUCUACCCUCCUUGUAUUCUUAUCAAGCCUUCUUGGGAGGAUUUUGAUGACACCCAGAAACAUAAUUUUAUUGCAGAGGCUGAUGUUGUUGCUCAAAUUGAUGAAGGUGAUCAAUCUGAUCAGAGCAAAUCAGAUUUUGUUACUAAUCUAUGUGAAGAUGAACAGAGUAUUGGAGAAAACAGGGGAAUUCAGAUAGUUUCUGAUGUUGUCAUGGAUGGUGAGUCUGCAAGAAGAGAAGAGGAGGCAGAGGAGAACGGUUCUGUAUGUGACUUCGGCUGCAAGGAACUGGUCGUUGAUGAAGACGAUAAAUUGAAUAUGGUUAUAGAAAAAGAGCUAGAACCCGUUAAGGAAGAGAGUAAUAUGAAUUUAUCCAUGGAUGAUCAGUCUUGUGAUCAGACCGUGGCUCACGUCAAUUUGAGUAAAGACACCUUCCAUGAAAUUCAGCCACAGCAUCUUGAGUUUUACAUUGAUCAAGAAGAUUGUAGGUUGAUUCCAAUUGAAUUGAGCGGCUCUGCUACCACGGAAGACCAAGGUCAACCUAUAUAUAAGCUGGAAGAUCAAGGAUAUUGUGAGAAUCAAGAUGUUAUUUUGGAUUUUGAUAUGCACAUUGAGGCACAAGCACAACCGGUUGUAGAGAAUUGGCACAGUUCAGAAGAGAUGGUGGCAUUACUUUCAGCCCUUGAGAGUGAGGAGGAACCUAAGGUUUCAGUGCUUGAAUCCAUGGUUCUGGUUGAGACUGAGAACAACUCUAUUUUGCGUAAAGAAGUUGAAGAUUUAGCGAAGGAAGAAUUUGAACAGGUUUCUAUAACUCAAGCCACUCAAACAUCAUCUAAUGAUGAUGAUGAGGAUGAGGAUCAAGCAAGAGAAAUGGAUUCAGAUGCUCAUCAAGCAUCAGAAGAAGCAAUUCAAAUGCAAAGCAAUGAAUUGGAUAUGGAAAUUUCGAUAGGGACAGAGAUUCCUGAUCAGGAGCCACUUGAUGAGGCUCAAACCCUAGGGGCUCUUCCUUCUUAUGAACAUAGACAGGAAGAUCCUUCCACAAGCUCUGUCAUUUUGCAUGUUGAUGAUGAUAACGGUUCUAAGCAAGCUGAGGAAGAAUUUUUAGAAUUUAAAACCAUGUCGAUAGAAACAAGUAAGCAAGAAAUAAAUAGUCAUAUAUCCUUGGGUCUGGAGCUAAAUGAAAUUGAGGAAGAAAAAGUUCCUGAUACACCAACUUCUGUGGAUAGUUUACAUCACUUGCACAAGAAAUUGUUACUACUUGAGAGGAGAGAAUCAGGAACAGAAGAGUCCUUGGAUGGAAGUAUCAUUAGUGAGAUAGAAGGUGGUGAGCUGACCACGGAGAAGUUAAUAUCAGCAUUUAGAGCGGAAAGGAAGGCUUUGAAUGCUCUAUAUGCAGAAUUAGAAGAAGAGAGAAGUGCUUCUGCUGUGGCAGCCAAUCAGACAAUGGCAAUGAUAAAUAGGCUUCAGGAAGAGAAGGCAGCAAUGCAAAUGGAAGCUUUGCAGUAUCAGAGAAUGAUGGAAGAGCAAUCAGAGUAUGACCAAGAAGCUUUGCAGCUAUUGAAUGAGCUUAUGGUGAAGAGGGAAAAAGAGAAUCAUGAGCUAGAAAAGGAGCUGGAAAUAUAUCGUAAGAAGGUCCACGAUUAUGAGGCCAAAGAGAGAAUAAUGAUGUCAAGAAGGAGAGAGAGUAGCACAAGAAGCACUGCUUCUUGUAGUAAUACUGAGGAUAGUGAUGGAAUAUCUAUUGAUCUGAAUCAUGAUGUAAAGGAAGAAGAUAGCUUCUAUGGCAAUCAAGAAAGUAGCAGCCAAAACACUCCUCCUGAUGCAGUUGUAUUCUUGGAGGAAUCAUUGGCAAACUUUGAAGAAGAGAGGUUAUCAAUUCUAGAGCAGCUCAAGGAGUUGGAAGAGAAGCUUUUUACAUUGAGUGAUGACGAGGUACAACAUUUUGAGGAUGUCAAACCGGUUGGCUAUUCCUUCCAUGAGAAUGGAAAUGGAUACCAUAAGAAUUCAGAUUCUGACACUGAGGUAAAUGGUGUUGAUCAAAAUGGUCAUUCCAAGGAAAUGAAUGGAAAGCAUCAUCAGGAGCUAAGAUUCAAAGGGUCAAAGGCAAAGAGACUUCUUCCCCUUUUUGAUGCAAUUGGUGAAGACUGUGAAGAUGGUUUGGUGAAUGGACAUGAACAAGGGUUUGAUCACGUUGCAUUGCUGACACCCUUGGACGCCAAAUUUGAAAUGGAGAAGAAGCUUGCCAUUGAAGAGGAGGUAGAUCAUGUGUAUGAGAGGUUAGAAGUACUCGAGGCAGAUAGGGAGUUUCUAAAGCAUUGUAUAAGCUCCUUGAGGAAAGGAGACAAGGGUUUAGAUCUUCUCCAAGAGAUUUUACUACAUCUUCGUGAUCUCAGGAGUGUCGAAGUUCGUGUCAAGAAGAUGGGGGAUGGUGCUAUAUAUUCACUUUAAGCUUAAAUGUCUAUA